AUGAAACUUUACAUGCCACUUUUCAAACUUUGUACAAGCGAAAGAAGACUCUCACAACUUCAUGGGUAUCUAUUAGUAUCUGGAUGCCAAAGAAAUUCACUUGCUUCAACUAAACUCAUUGAAACUUAUGCUAAAAUGGGUAACCUUGAAUCUUCUCAAUUUGUAUUUAAUUCUUUCCAAAAUCCAGAUUCAUUCAUGUGCGGUGUACUAAUCAAAAGUUAUGUUUGGAAUUCUAUGUUUAGAGCAGCUAUUUCAAUUUUCAACGAAAUGUUAUAUAACCAUCAAACUCAGUUAUGUAGUUUCAUAUUUCCAUCACUUUUCAAAUCUUGUACUGGUCUUGGUGAUGUAAGUUUGGGUAAGAAAAUUCAUGGGAGGGUUAUAAAAAGUGGGUUUGAAUUUGAUCAAGUUGUACAGACUUCAUUGCUUAGUAUGUAUGGUGGAGAAAGAGGAGGCAAUUUAGACUUUGCACGUGAAGUGUUCGAUGGUAUUGUUGUAAAAGACUUGGUUACUUGGAGUUCAAUGAUCUUAAGUUAUAUUAAAAAUGGAAAAGUGAUUGAAGGUUUAGAGUUAUUUCAUCAAAUGAUUCUGGAAGGAGUUAGUGUUGAUUCUGUGACAAUGCUUAGUGUAACAGAAGCUUGUUCUGGCGUCGGUUGUUGUAAGUUGGCGAAAUCUGUUCAUUGUUAUAUAGUUAGGAAUAGAAUUCAAAUUGUUGGGUCAUUGGAGAAUUCCGUGAUUGUCAUGUAUAGUAAAUGUGGGGACUUAAAGAGUGCAGAGAUCAUGUAUAAGCGGUCCAGUAGUAAGACUACUUUUUCAUGCACUGCCAUGAUUUCCUGCUACAAUCAACAAGCUUGUUUUCGACAAGCGAUGAAUACUUUUAUAGAGAUGCAAGAAUUUGAUGCGGAACCCAACUCAGUAACUAUAAUAAAUAUUCUUUCAUCUUGUUCUCGACUUGGUUUGAUUAGACAAGGGGAAUCUGUACAUGGUUUUGUUAUCAGACGUUGUUUAGAUCCUGAUUUGGAUACGGUUGGAUCUUCACUUUUAGAGAUGUAUGCCAGUUGUGGAAAGCUUAAAAGUUGUCAAAGUGUGUUUAAAGUAACGCGGGAGAAAAAUAUAGUCUUAUGGAAUACAAUUAUAGCGGUUUAUGCUAGAAAUGGUUUAUCGGAAGAGGCGUUGGAUUUUUUUGUUCAGCUCCACCUAAAAGGACUAUUACCAGACUCGUUUACCAUAGCAAGUUCUCUUUCGGCCUGUGGGGAAAUUGGUUUUUCUAAACUACGCAUUCAAAUUCAUGGCCACGUUUCCAAAACAGGGUUGGAUUCUAAUGAAUAUGUUCAUAACGCACUCAUAGACAUGUACUGUAAAUGUGGGCUUGUAGAUAAUGCAUACAUGAAAUUUAAUGAAAUGGAGCCGAAGACUGUUAUAACUUGGAAUUCAAUGAUAAAUGGGUUUGCUCUGAAUGGUAAUUCAGUAGAAGCGGUCAGUCUUUUGGAUCUAAUGUACUUCCAAGGUCUCGAGAUGAAUGAGGUGACCUUCUUAGGCGCAAUUCAAGCUUGUUCUCAUUUAGGUUAUCUUGAAAAGGGGAAAUGGUUUCAUAAUAAGCUCAUUACCUGUGGUCUAGAAAUGGAGUUUCGUGUUGAUUCAGCUUUGAUUGAUAUGUAUUCCAAAUGUGGAGACCUUGGAAUGGCUAAAGCUGUUUUUGAUAACAUGUUAGAGAAGUCUGUGGUUACUUGGACUGCCAUGAUAGCUGGUUAUGGAAUUCAUGGUCGUGUUGAAACAUCAAUCGCACUCUUUCAUCAGAUGGUGGAUUUGGGGAUACAGCCAAAUAACAUAACUUUCAUGAGUAUUUUAUCUGCGUGUAGUCAUGGCGGGUUUGUAGAAGAGGGUAAGUUCUAUUUCGAUUUGAUGAUAAAACACUUCAAUAUUGAGCCUGAGUUAGGACACUAUGUUUAUAUGGUUGAUCUUCUUAGUCGAGCUGGUGAUAUCGAAAAUGCGUUCGAGUUCAUUAAGUCUAUGCCAGUCCCUCCCAGUGCAAGCAUUUGGGGAGCUUUAUUGAACGGAUGCCGAAUACAUAAGAGAAUGGACAUGAUUGAAAGCGUUCAGAAAAACAUUUUAGAACUUGAACCAGAUAAUUCAGGAUACUAUAUAUUACUAUCUAAUACUUAUGCAGAAGGAGGAAAUUUGGAUGAAUUCAGAAAGUUAAGAUCCAAGAUGAGAAAUAAUGGUCUAAGAAAGACUCCUGGAUAUAGUACACUCGAAACAAACCAGAAGAUAUAUAGAUUUGGCGCAGGAGAGACUUCUCAUUCACAAAUGAAAGAAGUCUACAGUUUAUUGGAAGAUUUAAGGCUGCUGGCAAAAGAACAAGGUUACUUGUUAGAUUCAGAUCCUUCCAUUACAGACGAUGGCAAUGGAUUUAAGAGCAACAAUGUUCAAAGUCAUAGUGAGAAGCUUGCGAUUGCAUUUGGUAUUAUCAAUACUAUUCCUGGCACGACAUUACGCGUUUCUAAGAACUUAAGAGUCUGUUUGGACUGUCAUAAUUUUGCAAAAUUUGUUUCUAAAACUACCAACAGGGAGAUAAUAAUGAGAGACUUGACUCGGUUUCAUCAUUUCGCGAAUGGAAAUUGUUCUUGUAAAGAUUGCUGGUAAGUAUGGCAAAUCAACGAAACAGUCUUGAAUGUAUUUCUGGUAUAAUUUUAAAAAGAAUACUAGGGUGCUUGCUCGA